AUGGCAAAGAAAGAUAUAAUAGCAAUCAAGAAAGCGCAGGCAGCUAAAGCCAACACGGCCAAUUCGACAUCCUCCUCUUCCACCACCACUAAUACCACUAGCUCUUCCGAUUCGCUUCUUCCCCAAUCAAAAUCAGUCACUACAACAUUCCAUGAACUUAAAUUGGCGAUAAAUACAACCACCAAUGAUUAUUUUGCAACUUUGACUCCCAAAUUGAAAUUAAUCGACUUGUUUCUUGUGUUUUUAGUAAGUUUGGGUAUCUUGCAAUUUAGUUAUGUGUUAUUGAUUGGUAAUUUCCCCUUUAAUGCGUUCCUUGGUGGAUUCGCUAUAUGUGUUGGACAAUUUGUGUUGCUUGUUAGUUUAAGGUUACAAAUUAAUGAUCAUGGUGCUACUAAGGGAAAAGAAACUGUUGCGGUAAAGACAAAGAGCAACAAGACAACCAAAGGUGGAAAAGAUGCUGAUGGUGAUGAAAUUGAUGAACUUGUUGAAAUUGAUGAUAGUGUUGAUACCGAGGAUGACAAUGACAAGUCCACUAAGGUAUUCACUGGUAUUUCUCCAGAAAGAUCGUUUGCUGAUUUCAUCUUUGCAAGUUUGAUUUUACAUUUCAUUGUCAUUCACUUUAUAAAUUAG